AUGAAUUAUUCACUUUCGCUCAAUGAAAUGAUGAUGAAAAACCGUGGAUUUCACCGUGAUUCACAUGUUGAUGAUAAGAAUGAUCCCCAAUCAGAGUACGAAUACUUAUUUGGUGACGCCGUUUGCUGGAACCCAAAGGAACCGUGCCAUGAAGAGGCACGUGGUCAUUGUGCAGUUACAUCGAAAACCCUUGAUCAACUGGAACAAGGAGACGGUACUGAGGUAUACAAACUUCUUACCAUCUCCGAUAUAGACGAGAAUUCGAAAACCGUGAAGAACUGGACUUGGCGGGCAGUCACAAGGAGGGGAAAUAUGACAAUUGACAAAAGCCAGGCAAACGUCACCGUGACCUGGAUCAACGGUCCGGAUAGGAAUCUGACCACAUCCCUCAAUUACAAAGGACGCGCAAUGGAACCAUCCGAUUUGUCGAAAUUUAGUGGUCGACUUCUUGCACCCGAUGACGAGACACGAUUGCGUUACGAAAUCAAAGACAAUAAGGCGAUACAGUGGUUGGUCCCUAAUUCUGGACGCGGUCAUGCCACAAAAGGCAUAAAAGCUGAACGGGCAACGCUAUAUCGAUGCCAUCUCAUUGUUGGAGGUCACGGCACGGAGUACAGAAACGAAACCGGAGCUGUUCUCAGUGAAGACUCACUGUGGAUAAAGGUUAAAUCUUGUGACUGGAAUUAUGUCUAUAAAAGUCUUCGCAAAGCCGUCAACCUCACCGGCGUUGGUGCUUAUUUAACUCAUGAAGCGGCGCAAUGGUCAUCAAUUCACCAAAAGUGCUUUUCCCUUCCAAUAAAGGAAUCGAAUUCAACUUGUAAUGAAACAGUAGACGAACGAAAAGGAACUGAUCUGUUGAUUAUCGGUAAUCCAAAUCUUACUGAAGUAGAAGUCGUCAGAAUAGGAAAUCUGACCCACCGUGAACGUAAAUUUUCGGCUUUUGAGUUUAUUCCAAAAACAAACGACGCGCUUAUUGUUGCGUUGAAGUCUGAGGAGCUCAAAGGAAACGCAACAAAGAGUUGCAUCACCGUAUUCAAUAUUUCUGGUCACGUUCUCCUCGAAGAUUAG